CUGCUCUACUGACAGCUGUGAAGAAGGAGUGUGGGGGGUGCAGGAGGCAGUGACAGCUGAAGUGAACCGUUCCCCCAUCGGAGCAGUAGUUAGUAAACUGGAUAAAACAGAGACAUUGCCGGGCAGCAGGUCGAUUGACAAAAACCUAGAGGUCGCAUUUACGAUUUGGUUUUCGCACGGUUAACAUCUCUGUUCCGAUAGAUUGUCGCGUUGUCGUUUUUUGGUUUUGGGUGCUGAUUCAAGUCAUGUAGUCGUUUGUAGCAAAGUGAGUGGACACUGUUGCUUUGAGUCGUAUCAUAUGUGCCGUGAACAUUAGCCAGGCGCUGUUAGCCGGGUUUCCUAGGUGUCUACGGUGGCAUCCAGUCGCCUGCUUGUUUAGAAUCUGUCAGGUUGUCGACAAAACGCCAAGCCGCGGGGUGUUGGGUAAAGAUGGGUGAUAUAAACCCAUCGACAUCUCACGCCUUCCAGUCGGAGGGUUUCAGUCCCCCCUACAAGAGGAGGAGAACAGUGGAGGAUUUCAACAAGUUUUGCACUUUUGUAUUAGCCUAUGCUGGUUAUAUCCCAUAUCCUCAAGAGGUCUCACCACUGCGCAGUAGUACCAGCCCCCCCAACAGUACAGGCAGCACAGCUGACAGUGACGGCUGGACCCCAGGUCCCCCGUCCUCAUGCUCCCCGCGUCCCCCAAAGAUUCCCCAGGACAGGAACAGAAAACGUCCGCAGCCAGUUGCCACACUUUCCAGUCACACAAAGAAAGAACAAACAAUCACUACGCUCCACCCGGACGACCGCAGGAAAGCAGAAAAGCUGAAGAAGAAGAAGAGGAGAAAGGAGAGGGAGCAGGAGUCCAACGAGGACAGCAAAGCACAGCAUGUGCAUGCUGCAGACACAGACGUCCAGUACCCUGUGUCUUUCACCAGCCGAAUGAUCAAAGAAGAGCCUGAAGAUGAGAUCAGCAUUCCCAUUCACUCUCAGCGUCUACCAAGUCCUCGGCCCUGCAAGGAGGAGCCAAAGGAUGGUCAUCAAUGGGAUGGUCGAGAUCUGGAAGAAGGAGUUGUGAAGGUACAGAAGGUGGAAGGCUUUUCAGGAAACAGAACAGUAUUCCGUCAGGGGAAACAGGUGGUGUUCAGAGAUGAAGAUGGAUCAGGAGAGGACGAGGACAUCAUGGUGGACUCAGAUGAUGACUCGUGGGACUUGGUCACCUGUUUCUGCAUGAAGCCUUUUGCUGGUCGGGCCAUGAUAGAGUGUAACAAGUGUAACACCUGGAUCCACCUCUCCUGCGCCAAGAUCCGCAAGAGCCACGUGCCAGAGACAUAUGUUUGUCAGAGCUGCCGAGACACACACGGGGUGCCUGAUGCUCGCCGCUCACACCGCUCACGCAUAGGCCCCCGCAAACACCUGCUUGAUUGACCCAGAGUCGCGUCCAGAACUUUGACCACUUCCUCCUCGGCCUGUCCUUUUUAAAUGCCGGAUUGUUGUACUUUUCUUCCUCGUCAGGUCCUGAAACUUUUAGUCUCCUGUUCAGCCAUAACCCCGCUCCCCGUUUUCUAUGUACACUUUGGUGGACCUAUCCCAAGUCCUUAAUCCAUUUAUGGAGCGCUAUUUUAGAAUAGGGUUUGUUUCUGCUUCCCUCCUGACUGCGUAAGGCAAUCACUGAAUGGAAGUCUGUCUGUGGAAGAUGUUGGUUUAGCAGCAAACCGCUACUAUUGGAACUUGGUGUCUUGGUGAACACUGGAAGCAUUUGAACUGCCAUAUUGAGAGAAUACCCUCACAACUGCCACCCACUACAGUGCAUGCUGAGUUCUGUGGGAAACUGACUGUUUGCACUUUUUUCUUAUCACUUUUUCUCAGUUAAAAAUUCCCAUCUGACAGCUGUGUCUUUCUGUAAAAACUGGACUUGAUGUCUCUGAGAUGCCUCCAUCAACGUUACACCAAAAUGUAACGAAAGCAAGUUCAAGCCUUUUGUGAAUUCCUUCACCAACUUCAGAUGGUGCUAUAAUGUUAAGCUGAGGUAUAAUCUGAUAGAACAAAGCUGUAGGAUAAGAGACUUGGAGUCUGCAUCUGCUUCAACUCUUUGUUUUUAACUUUUUCAACUCUUUUUAGUUUUUAACACACUGUGCAAAAAAGCCUGUAGAUUUCUUCACAAGUUGUCUUCCAGCAUAGGCUGCUUUUCUGCCCCAAGAUGCUUUUGGGCUCUACCUAAAUCUUUUUAAUGCUUUGAUCUAUUAUCACCAGAGUUUCUCAUUGUAAUUUGUUUUUUAAAAAGAAAUCAAAUAAUGAUCAGGUUUCAGAAAACAUUUGGCAAAGGUGUUCACUGUUUGAAUCCAGCUUGAUUAAGCUGAAAUUUACAUAUUUGGUUAGAGCUGCACUGUUCAAAUAUACAAUUGUUGAACAAACUGUAAUCUUGUUGUUUUCACAUAUUUAUUAAAGGGAACUCCUGUUGUUGUCAAGUUAAGAGUAACAACAGAAAACAAAGCUCUCUAACCUACAAUAGUGUUGGAGAGAUUUUCUCAUGUGUCCAGUUAAAGUUAUGCAUGAGUGUGUUUGUUUGAAUGGUUAACACUGUCAGGGUGUUGCAUGUGCUGCUAUAACUGUUCCCAAACUGGACCUUUUGAAUUUUGUGGGUUUCUCGUAAGAUGGAGAGCUGACGUCAUCAAAGCGUUUGUGCAGGAGUUUAUUUUGUCCGGUCUGACUGUGGUGGGUCAGAGCAGAAGGACAGUCUUCAGUCUCUAAACACGUCUUAAUUAAACUUUUCACAGCAGUAUUUACUGACGUUCCCGAGGACAGUUUUCGUUAAACAUGCUGUAACCUGGACAAAAGAGUUAGCAUUGUUCUUUAUGUGCCAUCAGCUGUUGGGCCUGUCAGUUGUUACCUAUUAAAUAAAAAGCCAUACUGUAAAGUUACAGAUUUUACACUCAGAUACUUGGAUCUUAGUCCAGAAUGGGGUUUCCAAUGCAGAAUCAUCACUUGACCGGGAAAAAUUUAACACUGGCAAUAAACGUUUAGCUUUAAAUUACUCCGUUUCUCACAUCACUCUGCUGGUACAAAUGUUAGCCAACCCUACACAGCAAUCCUACAAGCAGCAAAAAAUGAUGUGAAGAGAAUUUAGAGAAAACACCAUAAUGCACACUUUUGAUAAACCUCUCACCCAAACAUCUGAUUAGUGAUGUCAACAAAUCCUAUUGUGAUACUGCUCAUUUGUUCUGAUCCUGGGUUGUCCUAUCCCCGAUUGAGAAUGCGUUGGCUGUACUGUGGUGCAAACUGUUUCUGUGAAACUAUUGUAAAAUAUUGUAAAUAAAGAGUUACAAUUUUAA